AUGGCGUGGUCGAACUUUAUCGUCACCGCCGCCGGCUUGGUCGCCAUCGCGUCGUUAAUGCGCACGGACGUCCGGCAAUCGUCGAGAAUGUUGAGACACAACCUGAAGACGAUCCGAAAGUGGGUCGAGGACGGCGCGUCGACGGCGACGAAGGCGUCGGAGAAGACGUUAGGGGAGACCGCGGUCGGAAAAGCCAUGCGAGACGCCAGAGAAGAGGCGCUGAAGAAGAAGGAUUAG